UCGGGCAAUAACGCCAUCUUUAAACCCCAGAAGGAGCUACCGUUUAGCGCCGGGAUCAGCAACUCACCGUGCCCGUGUCGAGAUUAAAAUUCAGCGGGCUUCAUCUGCUACUAAACCAACUAAAGACAUAUCUAGUCAUAUUUUAUUUCGUAAUGAACAACACAGGCUAAUCGAAUGGUUAGAGGAACGUCAAUACAAACAACACCAAGGAAAGGCGGAACGGCAGCGACCAAGCAAACAAGGCGUUGUUAUUUAGCGAGUUAGCUGGCUAGCUACCGAGCUAGCUAGCGCAUUAAGAUUCAGAAAACGUUGAUUUUGUAAAAGGCGUUUUCCCCCCCUCUUUUGUUGUUGCUAGCUGUGCUUGGUUUAAACUCGACUGCGUGGCCGCAGGAAAGGUUCCGACUUCUCCCCCCUCCCCCGCCGCCCGGCCGGAGAUGAGUGGAAGAUGUCGGUUUCGGGGCUGAAGGCCGAACUGAAGUUUCUGGAAUCCAUUUUUGACCCAAACCACGAACGCUUCCGAAUUAUCGACUGGAAGCCGGACGAGCUCAGCUGCCAGUUUAACGUGACCGGAGACAAGCUCCUGAUCAUCCACUGCAACAUCACGGAGUCCUACCCCUCAACACCCCCAAUAUGGUUUGUGGACUCCGAUGAUCCCAGUCUGACACAAGUGCUGGAGCGCCUGGAGGAUGUCAGGAAAGGCAGUACCCUGCUCCUGCAGCAGCUGAAGAGGCUGAUCUGUGACCUGUGCCGGCUCUACAACCUGCCCCAGCACCCGGAUGUUGAGAUGCUGGACCAGCCCCUCCCUGCUGGGCCAGUAAGCCAAGAUCGAAAGCAUGGAACAACAGAUGAAGUGACAUCUGAGGAAGAGGAGGAGGAAGAGAUGGGCGAGCAGGACAUUGAAGACCUGGACCACUAUGAGAUGAAAGAGGAGGAGCCAGUGGAUGGGAAAAAGUCAGAGGAUGAUGGGAUUGAGAAGGAGAACCUGGCCAUCCUGGAGAAGAUCCGUAAAAACCAGAGGCAGGACCACUUGAACGUAAGUGCUCAUUCGGGUGCUGUGUCUGGUUCCGUGCAGGCUUCAGACCGUCUCAUGAAGGAGCUCAGGGAGAUCUACAGAUCACAGAGUUACAAGACAGGGAUCUAUUCAGUGGAACUUGUCAAUGACAGUCUGUAUGAAUGGCACGUGAAGCUGAGGACGGUAGAUCCAGAUAGUCCAUUGCAUAGUGACUUGCAAGUUUUAAAGGAAAAGGAAGGCAUGGACUAUAUUCUGCUCAAUUUCUCAUAUAAAGAUAAUUUUCCAUUUGAUCCACCUUUUGUACGGGUAGUUUCACCCGUGCUGUCUGGAGGUUACGUUCUUGGUGGAGGUGCCCUGUGUAUGGAGCUUCUCACAAAACAGGGCUGGAGCAGUGCCUAUUCCAUAGAGUCUGUCAUCAUGCAGAUCAAUGCCACUUUAGUCAAAGGAAAAGCCAGAGUGCAGUUUGGAGCCAAUAAGAACCAGUACAAUCUUGCCAGAGCACAACAGUCAUACAAAUCCUUGGUGCAGAUUCAUGAAAAGAAUGGCUGGUACACACCCCCUAAAGAGGAUGGAUAAGGAGCAACCUCCCCAUAGGUGCGCUGGGACCACUUGUCUUAGGGUCAACACUUUAUUUUCUUCUUUUUUUUGUUGUUAACUCUGACUCUGAAGUCUUUUUUUUUCUUUUUUUGGGGCAGUGUGACCCCAACCGGCUUUGACCCAUUUGGUGACCAUGAAAUCUAACGGGUAAAAUCUCCUCACUGACCUCUCCAUCCUUGGCUGAAAAAGGCCUUUUCACCUCUGUCUUGCCCUCACUCUUCCUCUCCCACUGCAGGGUGUGAUGUCAUCCUUUCUCCCUCUAUCUGCCCAUCAUUCAGCAUAAAACCCGGGGUGAUUCCUUAUCCCCUCUUUGCAAGCUGCCCUAUCUUUUUGCUCCAGUCAUCCUGUCAUGGGCCAAGUGUCUGAGUAAACUACUGCAUUUCAGGGGGAACUCAUCCCCUCUUCUCUUCACUUGCCAACAUACUUGCAUAGUGGGUUUUUGUCUGUUUUUGGAAGCCUAGUUCAGAAUUAACCCUGUCUGUGUACUACAGCUGAGGGACAGUGUGAGAAGCCACUGCUUGUUUUGUACAGAACUUGGCUGAUGGUGAGGAAGAGAACAGAAAGUGUUGGGGCUCACCUUGGCAGAUACUCGCAACAGCAACAACAAAAAGUGUUUCAAGCAUUUGUAGUGUGGAAAGGGUCUUGACCUCCAGUAAGAUAUUCUGUGAAGGUAUAAUUAUGGCCUUGGGCAGGGACAGAAGUAGAAGCCACAAUUCACAAAAUGGAAAAGGAAACCCUUUUUGUAAUGCAGGAAAAAGCUGCUCUAUAGUCAUGGCUUGGAAUUUCAACCUAAUGCCCGGUGAUGGAGCUUGAGCUGGAAUGGACACUUUUGAUUUAGUGGUCUGAGAAGCCACUAAUUUACUCUCUAUUGACAUUUUUCUUUUGUCGUUUUGUGUAAUAUCUUCCUGUAUAAAAUGCUAAGAUUCUAAAUGGAGUAACAUGCAGGAGGUAUUUGUCCUGCUCAUAUAAUAACCAGUGUCAACACGAGCCAAAACAGUGGAGGAGAUGGUAGGGGUGCGCAUCUAGAUUAAAGAUCUCCGGUUGUGUAAUUACUAAGGUGAAGUCAUCUGUCACCACUGUCUUCUCAAGCUUUGCGACAUGUGGCUAUUUUUGCAGCAAACUGAAGUGUGCCCCAGCCAAGCAGAGGCAAGUCAGAUUUAAUCAUUGUAAUGUAGUUUGAAUUUAACUCCACAUGUAUACUUGUAAAGAUGUAUUUCUGAGAUUGGAUUUAAUUGUUAAUGUAACUUUGUGUGGGUGUUCGGGUUCACAGCAGGCUUUAUCAGCACACCCCUGGCAGAGGAAGGGAUGUCUAGCUGUUUGAAGAUUUUAUAAAUUUUAUAAGUAGAUAAUGGAGACUCAAAUGGAUGUCCUUAUGGAAUUUUAAAAGUGGAAACUUUAAAUGUAAGCAUCAUGGCUACUUCUACCCCUGUAAGGAUUUUUAAAUUAAGUUUUCAUCUCUGAACCAUUUAGUGUGUUUUUGGAAUCUCGGGAAAAGUGUCAUUUAGCCAUUGCCAUAAUCUUGGCUGUUUUGCCCAUUCACAGCAAUUUAAUGAUCCUGUUACUAUCAGCAUAACUAUGCAGAGAGUGAUCAGCUCUGUUAUUACCAGUGAGAAGCUUGUAUGUGUGUGAAAUAAAACAAAACAAACAAACAAACCAGCGCUUGCAUUCUAGUGACACUCACUUUAGUGUUAAUGGUGGGCCUGUGUGCCAUCACAGUAGCGGCUGGACUGUGUUCCUGGACCACCUGCUUCCAGCGCUCCUAUUCCCUGCUGCCACUCUCCUGCUCAGACAGCCAUCAUGGACAAUGAGGAAGGCUUCAGAGUGGACUCCAUGCUCCUCUUUAGGUUGGAGAAAAAUAUUUGUAAAUAGAAAUGGCUUCAUGUCCGUCUGUCACAACUAUGGAGAAUGCAAGAUAAUGUACUUGCCUUAUUCAGGAUAAAUCACCCUUAGACCCAUUUAUGCCCCUCUCCACAAACAUAUAAGGGUUUUUUUUGUUUGUUUGUUUGGUUUUUUUUUUUUGUUUUGUUUUCGGAUCUCCUGUCCACACCCAUGUGUUCCUGAUUAUGUCUGAUGGGGUGAAGCCCUGCUGACUUCAGUCAGGAAACUUCAUUAUUCAGCUUCAGCCAUUGCAAAUUUACUGUGUACUGUCUGAUACAUAUUGUUGCCCCUCACUGUUUUUUAGAAAUGAAUGUCAAUGGUCUGUUUAAAGUGUUAUGUUUUACUUUCAACAGUUAUUUUCAACAUCAGGAUUAGAAUUUUUUGGAAAUAGUCCUUUUUCGAAAUACUCCACUUUCAGUUGCUAUAGAUUGUCCCCACUACUAACAAUGACACUAGAAAACAUUUUUGUGAAAUAUAGUGAUGGGCAUAUAUUGUAAUAUUGAUCUCCAUCUUCCUUGUGCAUUUGCAUAGUAUCAGUCAGUCCCACUUAUAACCUGAUCCACAGUUAAUAUGCCGUCAGCAUCAUGUCAAUGACAUAAGGAGAAAACUUUAGGAUUGAGUACUUGCAUCUUCUUCAUCCAUUCAUUUAGUUUCACAAAAUUAUAUGGAUCCUUUGAUAAUGUUAGUGAAGUUAUUGGGCCCUCUGGUGUUGUCUGAAAGCAAAAGCCUGAGGCACCUGCCAUCAGAAUAGGGUGUGAGAUCACUGAGGUGCUCCCAAGCUCCCUGAACUCGGAUCAGUCCAAGCACCAAGUUGAGCAAGCACCUUCAUGUACUUUGUAGGGGCAGUUUUGAACUGACAGAACUCAGGAAUACAAACUGUAGACUUUGUAAUGGAUUUCUUGAAAUGUAAUAAGCUGAAAUUUGGUUUUGUUCUAGUAUGUAAAAACCCAAAUGAACAAAUGAUGUUUCUCUCUCUCUGGGUUGUUUAGUUGUAAAAGGUUUCUCUUUCAGUGUGCAUAACUCACUUGUACUUCUUUUUUUGGCCUGUUUGGGAUUUCCAGCAAGAAGUAAGAGCUUUGGUGAGAGAGUCAUCUGAGAGCACUUAGUGUUGGACACAUUAGCUGAUUGGAACAGGGUUGGGUUUGCAUGAUGUCCACCUUUAAAAGCCUUUCUUGUCACACCAUCACUUGUUCCUUUGUAAGGGUGUCAUUCAUUUAUGUUUCGGAUGGUGUUCUGAUUCAUUCAACUGACACCUGGCCCAGGAAAGAGGCACAUUGUAGCACUUUCCCUCAGCAGGCCCAUGAACAGUUAUGUAAAGCAAAUUCAUCAUUAUCAUGGUGGAGCCUGGAGCAAUUCUCUGGCAGACAUUGGCAUUUGGUAAAUGGUCUAUCUCUUUAAAUGUGUGGGGACAUAUUUACUUCAUUUUGUAAAAGCUACAAAUACGUGAUUUCAAACCAAAUUGUAAACGCAACCAGUCUGAAGCAAGAGCUUUUUCUGUAUUCUGAAAAAAAUAAAUACUGCAUUGUCCGCUAACCUGCAUAGCUCCAGAUGACCAGGCUGCACUAGUGUUGUUCAUCUCUAAGCUUAGUAAGCUAUGAUGCCCUCCACCACACUUCCAUAGUCACAAAAUCCGAAAAUUGCAGAAGUUAGAAGAGGCCUUUGCCUGGAUCUGAGCUUUCACUUCCUUCAAGCUGUAAUACAGGUUUGGGCUCUUACAAAGGCUGAGGGAAUAGGGCUUUUCACUGUAUAAGGAUUUGUUUAUUUUUUGUGUAGUGUCAGUUAUGCUGUGACCUAUAGCAUCAUGUAUACAAACAGACCAGUCAUCUGGAGCGUGUUUAUAUUUUAAAGGAUUCAAAAAAAAAAAAAAUCCUGACUAAUUGUGGACUCCUUUUCUGGCGCCAUCUUGCGGUGGGCAGGUUAUCAAGUUAUGCACUGUUUAGCAUGCUUUGAAUUUUUUCUUUUUAUUUUCAUUGCAAGAGUAAUUUUGACCAUGUACAGUAAUUUGUAAACUUGCAUCAAGUUUAUGAAUAAAGAAUUUUACGAAA